UCUCUUCACUCUCUCCAUCCAGGAUCUCUCUCAACAUGGCCCAACCCCUAAAACGCGCCGCCACCUCCAGCCUCACGCGCCAUCUUGCUUCAUCUUUCCUCCUUCCCAAACGCCUCCUCUCAACCACCUCCAUUACCCACCCUCCUCCCAUUCCUUCUCCCCUCCUCUACCGUCGCUCUCUUACCCCUCUUUCCCACGCCGUCCGAUCUCUCCCUCUCGCCGCCGCGCGCUUCACCUCCAUCCGAUGCCGCGUCAACCGUUCCGGGAACUCGGCUUACUCCCCACUUAACUCGGGGUCAAACUUCAGUGACCGGCUUCCUACCGAAAUGGCCCCGCUUUUUCCGGGGUGUGAUUAUGAGCAUUGGCUUAGUGGAGAAGGGGCUACUAAACAGUAAAUGAUUGAUUGUUAUAUCAAAACCCUUGCUAAAGUCAUCGGCAGUGAAGAGGAAGCUAAGAAGAAGAUAUACAAUGUUUCCUGUGAGAGAUACUUUGGAUUCCGUUGCGAGAUUGACGAAGAGACCUCGAAUAAGUUAGAAGGAUUGCCCGAUGUUCUAUUUGUGCUUCCGGAUUCUUAUGUUGAUCCUGAAUACAAGGAUUAUGGAGCUGAGCUUUUUGUUAACGGCGAGAUAGUGGAAGCAAUGAGGUUGAUGUGUUGCUGGACGUAUGAAAGACAGAGGAGGGUGGAACCACAGCCCCAGAGGGCCCAAGACAGACCAAGGUACAACGACAGGACCCGCCAUGCACGUCGAAUGCGCUGA